AUGAACAGCACCAGUCAAUAUUCGUCGCCGAAAGAAUGUCGUCGUGCAUUUGUCAAUUUAGAGGCUCUUGAAGGGGAGAUCAUUUCCAACAUCACUAAAGCAUCACUAGGGUACAUAUCAAGAACACCUGAGAUGGAGGAGUACACACGUGAGCCUUGUCCCUACCGAAUUGGUGAUGACUUGGGAUCUGCCUUUGCAAUGGGGCUGGUUGGUGGUUCGAUUUUCCAGGCAUUCUCGGGAUAUAAACAUGCUGCUAGGGGUCAGAAAAUGCUCGGUAUGUUGCGAGAAGUAAGAAUGCGCAGCACAAUCACAGGAGUUCAAUUCGCUGCCUGGGGAGGAAUGUUUAGUACCAUUGAUUGCUGUCUUGUUGCAAUCCGCAAGAAGGAAGAUCCGUUUAACUCAAUCGCUUCCGGAGGACUGACGGGUGCAUUGCUUGCUAUCCGCAGCGGUCCGAAAGUGAUGGCUGGAUCAGCCAUACUUGGAUCAGUGAUAUUGGCAAUGAUUGAGGGUGUGGGAUUGAUUACCACUCGAUGGAUGGGCUCCAUGGUUGAUCCUACCGCACCACCUCCUGAAGCUCUGGAUGAUCCCAGAAAUCUACCUCCGUCGAAGAGUCAUGCAGAACCUGGUCUGCAGGAUACUCACACAACUAUGCCAUUUGGACUCCCUUCAGCGCUACCAAAUCUGUCCUAA